AUGACCGACGCUAACACUCCUCUCCACCCACUGCCCGCUCCGCCCCUCUCCUCUCGCGACCUCGCUGCCGUAGAUGGCCUCCUUCGCGUCGUCGACAACACCCGCCCCUACAGCACUCCCCCCGUCGUCUUCGGCGCCGGCGGUCCCAUGUUGAAGCAGUUUGACCGCUCUACUGCUUUCGCUAAGUUCCAGUCCCUGGCUCCUACCCCACCACGCUCUGUCGUAGGCAUCGGUAACAAGGUCGCGAAGCCCGACUACUCUGAGGCGAAGAUCGUCGUUGCGAUGGUUGGAUUACCAGCUCGGGGAAAGUCUUACCUCAGUAACAAGCUCAUGCGUUACCUCAAAUGGCUGGAGUAUGAUGUCAAGGUCUUCAAUGUGGGACAAUUGCGACGCUCACGGGCCCGACAGAGAGCACAACAGGGUGGUCAGCACGAAGAUCAUACUUCUUCAUACUUCAGCCACGUCAAUGUUGAAGCGACCAAGCUGCGGGACCAGCUUGCGACAGACAGUCUCGAGAUGCUCAUCCAAUGGCUCAAAGAUGGCGGCAACGUUGGUAUACACGACGCGACAAACAGCACUCGCGAUCGGAGAGCCAAGAUUGAAGCGCGGGUGUCGAAGGAGAAGGGCAUAGUCGUGAUUUUUCUCGAGUCCGUCUGCGACGACCCGGCGGUCAUCGCUGCGAAUGUUGCGCUCAAAGUGAGCUCCGGAGACCCAGACUACAAGGAUGUGUCACGCGAGGAGGCUAAGGCGGACUUCUUGCGGCGCAUCCGCGAGUACGAGGCGGUAUACGAGACCAUCACCGAGCCCCAUCUCUCGUACCUGAGGAUCAUCAAUGUCGGCGAUCAGGUGACGAUGUGUCGCAUCCACGGAUACCUCCAGAGCCGGAUUGCAUUCUAUCUCAUGAACCUGCAUCUGAAGCCCCGAAGCAUAUUUUUCUCAAGACAUGGCGAGAGCCAGUUUAACCUAGAAGGCAAGAUUGGUGGCGAUUCGCCGUUGUCAGAGCGAGGAUUCGCGUAUGCAAGAGCUCUGCCUGCGCUGAUCACAGACAACAUUGGUGAUGCGCCGCUCACGGUGUGGACGUCUACGCUCCAAAGAACAAUCCAAACCGCGCAGUACCUGCCAUACAACAAGCUGACCUGGAAGUCUCUCGAUGAGCUGGACGCUGGUGUCUGCGAUGGGAUGACUUACGAGGAAAUUGAGCAAGCGUACCCGGAGGAUUUUGCGAAUCGCGACGAGGACAAGUUCAAUUACCGAUACCGAGGCGGCGAAUCGUAUCGAGAUGUCGUCGUUCGUCUCGAGCCGAUCAUCAUGGAGCUUGAACGUCAGGAGAACAUCCUGAUCAUAGGCCAUCAGGCCAUUCUUCGCUGCUUAUACGCGUACUUCCACAAUCUGCCGCAGGCUGAUCUUCCUUAUAUCAAGAUCCCGCUGCAUACCGUGAUUAAACUGACACCGAAGGCGUAUGGUUGUGACGAAGAAAGAUACACACUCCCUAUUGGUGCUGUUGAUACCCACAGACCGAAACCAAAGACGACAUUUCAGGUUCAAGGGCCGCGAUCCACUUCUGGUAGAGAAUACUUCACGGACAAAGUAUGA